AUGAACCUCGAUGAGCGAAUGAAGACACAACCAUUCGACACAUCAUAUGUACAGAGCGAUCAUCUUACUAAAGAGAUGGCUGAUAAGCUGAGCAAGGCUCGUCAGGGAGGUGCGCCAUAUCUAUUCAAACUUUACUUCAAGACUGUUCUUGGUGCUCUCCAUCGGGCAACCAAUGAGUACCGUGCUGUUGGUCGGAAGAAAUAUGAAGAGAGACUGAAUCCAGUUUCAAGAACUCAUUCAGACUUGGUGGCGGCUAACUCUGGCCAAUUGUUUGAUUUGGACAAGGAGGAUGAUGAAGAUGAAGAUGCCAAAGACGAUGAGACUGAGUCCAAUGACAAGGACGAGGACGAGGACGAGGACAUGGAUGAUGGCGACAGUGAUGAUGAAUUUGACCUUGAUGAUAUGAUCACUGAUGACGACGACGACGAUGAUGAUGAUAGCAACGAGGAAGAUGAAGCUCCAAGAUCCAUGCCAUGGUAUCUAAGGGGCUCAGAUAUCUCAGAGACAGAGCUCAAGGCCUACUUUGCCAUCUUCUUUCAUUUGGGAUUGGACAGAGUGAACAGUAUCAAAGAAUGCUGGAAUCACCAACAAAAGGCUAGUCUCAGACUGAGUCUCUACAAACCAGAGUACCAAUCACUGAUGUCUUGGUACAGAUUCAAGCAGAUCCAUCGAUGUCUUCACAUGCCUGGCUUUGCCAAUCGAGAGUCCAACCAACAGACAAGCUACGAAUGGCUACGGACAGACCUCAACUUGAUCAUCAAGAACUUCUAUAGGAAGUCACCCUUCCUCUCUUUGGACGAUGAUCUCUACAAGUGGAUGGGAUUUGGAGGAGGAAAGAAGAUGAUCACUGGGAAGGCUGACCGAUGCGGCGUAACAUGGAAGCUAGUGGAUGAGAAUAAGUACAUCUACCAUUUCUCCCAGGAGUAUGUCAUCAAGGCCAAUGGCACGGAAGGAGUGCCAGUCAACAAACUGAUCAUGGACGAUAUGAUGCGCCACGCAGUCCAACUGCCUGGAGAGUCCACACCCACGGAGAGCAGAUGCUUCGCCAUUGACGCAGGAGUUCUUGGUACCUAUGAGAACGUUCAGGAACUAUCCAAGAGGAACCAGUACUUCAUUGUUUCUCUAUCGAGGUCAAACUCUUUUGAUGUAUUCACUCCUCUAUUUAUCAAUGAUCAGUACUUGGAGAGGAGUUACAACGAGAUGAUAAAGAAACAGAUGGAAAGAAAGAAUAGGAGGGCGAAGCAUGCCAAGCAAACCAUGGAGCAUUGGUUGGACAACGACAGUGAGGAUGACGACUAUGAUUUUGAUGAAGAUGAAGAUGAGGAUGACGAUGAAGAUGAAGAGGAUGACAACAACAACAACAACAACAAUACCCGAGGUAGCAGCAGCAGCAGCAGCAGCAAGAGAAGCAAUCAAGUCAACUACUGGCUGAGGUUGAGCACUGAGGAGCAGGAGAACUAUCGACAGCAGUGCAUCGUCCUCAGAAGGAAGGCAAGCAGCGACAAGGAAUUUGUGGACACCGUUGUAUACGGCGCCAACUCAUUCAGCACGGCGAUAGCCUGGAGAGCAAGGGAUAAGAAGAUCCUCACGUCAUAUGACCGUUACCCGCAAGGCACCAAGGGUUGUCUUCUGUUAUAA